GGCUAGUCUGUCAGAUGUAAACAAAGCCGCCGUCCUUUGGAUUUAAACCUAAAAUUAAGCACAACGCGACGCAAGUAUUGGGAUGUAACUGCGCCAUUCCGGUCUGUGAACUCCAUAUAUCAUUGUCGCUCGCUGUCACCUUGGGCGCAUCUGUUAUUUAGCGAAAAAUGACCUAUGUUAGCCUGCUGCUUGCUUCUGCCGGCGCCCAUUUCCCGCAUGUGCUCGCCGAAUCAGAGCCAUUCACUCGUCUUUAAACAAACUCUCCGUGCUGCGUAGUGACUGUUUCAUACAGCUGUUCGGGCAACGUGAGAUACAAACCAGUUGAAGCCUAAUAUGGAUUUUGAAGUGGAUUCAUCUUGUGUUGUUUUGGUUUGAUAAAGCCAAAAAUGACCUUUGGCCAGUCACGUGACCCGACGCUUACACAAAAAAUACGAGAUAUUUUUCCUCUCCCUGGAUUUCGCCGCAAAACAUGUCGUUUUUGAAGCUUUUUGGGCGCCUAAAGUCCGUGGUUAUUGGAAUGAUUCAUGUUAAAGCCUUACCAGGCACCCCCCUGGGUUGUAUGAACAUGUCCCAAAUCACUGAAGAAGCGUGCAAGGAGGCAGCGAUCUACCGCGACGCAGGGAUUGAUGCUGUGAUCAUUGAGAACAUGCAUGAUAUCCCCUACUCCCUCUCUGUGGGCCCUGAGGUGGUUGCCUGUAUGACGGCAGUAUGCACCGCCGUGAGAGGAGUCUGUCCAUCACUGCCGCUUGGGGUGCAGAUACUGUCUUCAGCUAACCAGCAGGCACUGGCUGUAGCUCUGGCUUCAGGUCUGGAUUUCAUUCGGGCUGAGGGUUUUGUCUUCUCUCAUGUGGCUGAUGAGGGCCUCCUGAAUGCCUGCGCCGGCGACUUACUCAGAUAUCGCAAACUGAUCGGGGCUGACCAUGUGCGGAUAUUCACCGACAUCAAAAAGAAGCACAGCUCCCAUGCACUGACAUCAGACGUGAGCAUCGAAGAGACGGCGCGUGCAGCAGAGUUUUUCCUCUCUGACGGAGUCAUCAUCACAGGAGCGGCAACGGGAGUGCAGGCUGACCAGCAGGAGCUCAGAGACGUUCUGCAAUCUGUGAGAAUCCCAGUGCUUAUAGGUUCUGGAGUGACCUGUGACAACAUUGAGGGCUACAUUGAUGCAAAUGCGAUGAUCAUCGGUUCUCAUUUCAAGAAGGGUGGCCACUGGGCCAACGCCGUUGACCCGGAGCGAGUGAAGAGGUUCAUGGCGAAGAGAUGUGACCUUGUAAAAUGAGAGGUUUUCUCUCAUCACCCCAGUGCCUUACAUAUGUUUAAUUCCAUGCACAAUAACUGUAUGUAAUGCCACAUUAAAACACAUACAGCCACCACCUUAUGAAAACAAUA